UAGGUCUCCUUUCAUGGACGACAUUCUCGUCCUCGACAACGGCGGGGGUUUUGUCAAGGCGGGUAUCGUCGGCACGCAUGACGAUCCAAUCGUCGUCCCCAACUGCCUAGCUCGCCCACGCGGCUCCAAGAAAUGGAUAAUCGCCGAUCAGCUGGAGAAAUGCGACGAGAUUCAAGGUAUUUCUCUCCGCCGUCCCUUCGAUCGCGGCUAUCUCGUCCACUGCGAUGCCGAGAAGGAGGUCUGGGACCGUGUCUUCAAGGCGCUCGUUAAGGUUCGCCCGCCGGAGACGGCAUUGUUCCUCGUCGAGCCCCCUUUCACUCUGGGUUCCAUCCGCAAGAACACCGACGAGCUCGUGUUUGAGGAGUUUGGAUUCCAGAGCCUCUUCGUCUCUCACGCCGCGCCGCUGGUCCACUUAUACGAAGCAAAUCGGAGGCCCAAGAGCAGGCUGGCUCUCGGGAAUUGCAGCUUGGUGGUGGAUUGCGGAUUCUCCUUCACGCACGCCGUGCCAAUCGUGCAAGGAUUUCCAGUCUACCAUGGCAUCAAGAGGAUCAAUCUCGGCGGCAAAGCUCUCACGAAUUAUCUCAAGGAGCUCGUUUCCUACAGGGCCUGGAAUGUCAUGGACGAGACUUAUAUCAUGGAGGAUGUGAAGCAUUCACUGUGCUUUUGCUCCAAGAAUGUUCUUGGCGACCUCGACGUGGCAAGGAAGAAGGGACGGGAGAACUAUAUCCGCUGCCAGUACGUUCUUCCGGAUGGUGUCAAGAACAAACGUGGAUUUGUCAAGGAUCCCGCUGCCGCUGCCGCUUAUUUUUCCAAGCAAGGUGGAGAGAAACAGGGAGAAGAGAAAGAAGAGGCCCAAGCUCCGAUGGAUGUUGAUGCCGCUGUGGACGAGGCUGCGGAAGCUUCAGAUCCAAAUCGACGAAAUGCUAUUCCCGUUGGUGAUGAUCAGGAACUUACACUGACCAACGAGCGAUUCAUGGUGCCCGAGAUGUUGUUCCAGCCCGCAGAUCUUGGCAUGGAAGAAGCUGGGCUUUCCGAAUGCAUCGUCCGAGCUAUCAACUCUUGCCACCCGGAUCUUCAUCCUUUGCUCUACUCCAAGUACAUUUCUUUACGCUUUGAAGUGCUGUUUAACCGAGUUUUUUACAGCAUCAUACUGACUGGAGGAUGCGUCCAGUUCCCAUUUUUCAAGGAGAAACUGGAAAGCGAGCUCAGACCUCUGGUACCUGAUGAAUACAACCUCAAUAUCCAACUCACAGACAGUCCGAUCAAAGCUCCAUGGUAUGGAGGAGCCCUGCUAGCUUCUAGUCCUGAGUUUCAAGGCUGCUCGGUGACAAAGAAACAGUACGAAGAGGAGGGCUCUCACAGGUGUCGGUGGAGAUUCUUGCAGUGAGUGGAUCGCUCCAACUCCGUGAAAAGCUCUACGGUGUUUUCAAGGCUGCCGAAUCGGUAGGACAAGGAAAGAAAUAUCAUCUCAGAGAAGAUCGGGCGGGCAUGCCAGCCUUCGGCUACUGUGAGCACCAUUAUUACAUCGUCCGUGAUGUCUAGCUCCUCGGAAACCUCUGAAAGAAAAUCACAAGGUUAGAAACAAAAGGAAUUUUUCUAAA